AUGAUCCCUAAGGAGCAGAAGGGGUCCGUGAUGGCUGCCAUGGGGGACCUCACUGGACCAGUCCCUUUGCUGGACCUGGGCAAGAAGCUGAGCGUGCCCCAGGACUUGAUGAUGGAGGAGCUCUCGCUACGCAACAACAGAGGAUCCCUCCUCUUCCAGAAGAGACAGCGCCGGGUACAGAGGUUCACCUUUGAAUUUCCAGCCAGCCAGAGGGCGCUGGUGGACCGAAGCGCCAAGGGGAAGGUGACGGGAAUAGCGGGAACAGCGGAGGCCGGCCCCCUUCACGUUGCCAAUGGCCCCGAGGGGCAGAGCUGCAGUUCCGAGCUCCACAUCUUUCGGGCCACGCCCGGGGGCCCCGAGGUGGCCCAGCCCUCAGCCUUCCCUGCGGAGCGCCCCCGCAGCCCCAGCGCCCUGGCACCAGGCUAUGCCCAGCCGCUGAAGGGCGUCCCUCCGGAGAAGUUCAAUCACACGGCCAUCCCCAAGGGCUACCGCUGUCCUUGGCAGGAGUUCAUCAGCUACCGGGACUACCAGAGCGAUGGCAGAAGUCACACCCCCAGCCCUGCCGAGUUUCGAAAUUUCAACAAGACCCCGGUGCCCUUUGGAGGACCCCUGGUUGGGGAGACUGUUCCCAGGGCAGGCACCCCCUUCGUCCCGGAGCUCAUCAGUGGCUUAGAACUCCUCCGUCUCAGACCCAGCUUCAACAGAGUGGCCCAGGGCUGGGUCCGCAACCUCCCCGAAUCUGAGGACCUGUAG